AUGCUGGGUUUCUGCCUUUAUAAUAGGAGUCUGAAGUUCGUGCAAGUGCCAAGCUGGAACAAGAGGCCAGCAGAGGUGCCCACUUGGAGGUCCAUGAUGGAAGGAGGAACCCAGCAUCCAGCAUCUCAGCUUCUGCUUUCUUCUCUGUGCCUCGAUCCCAGCUUGGCACAUGCCGGGAGUGAGUACCAGCUUCCGAGGGCCACCGUGGCAAAAGUAUCACAGCCUGGGGGACUUACAACAGCAGAUGUUUACUGUCUCACCGUUCUGCGGGGGGGCAGAAGUCUGAAAUCAAGGUGUCAGCAGGGCCAUGCCUCUGCUGAAGGUCUGGAGGACGAUGCUUCCCUGCCGCUCUCAUUUCAGAUGGCUGCUGGACUGAUCUUUGUCUCCAUGGACAUCCUGCCUUCUUCUCUUUGUUUCUCUCUCUGCGUCUUCUCCUUUUCUUAUAAGGACUCAAGUCAUAUUGGAUUAAGUGUUCACCCUAAUCCAGCGUAA